UAACUUUUCAGAUGUGUUAAUUAAUGUGGAACAACGACUUGUGUCUUAAAAAGAGAAAGAGGGGAAAACAUAUCAGUUCCUCAAAUAUUCUGCAGUAGCAGGCAUGACUUAAAGACAGCUCUAAAUUUUCAUUAGUAUAAAAUUGUUAAAUUUAUAGACUUAGCUUCUGAAAACCUAUUGUUGAACUACUUUGAAGCCAUUCUAGUUUGUGAAUUACUAAUCUAAUUAUCCUCUUGAUUUCUGAAACAUGUUUAAGUGGAAUAGAGCCCAUCUGAAAAUGCUACAUUUGAGUUCUGCAUAGGGCAGAUAGCUAAAACUGGAAUAACAUAAUGGAAUUAUUAAGUCUAGGAUUUUGAGUGUAGAACCACUGCAUAGAUGCAUUUAAAGUUACCUAUUUCAAGUUGAUUGAAGUAGGAUAGUGAUUAAAUUUAUAAUAGCAAGCUUCUCUAUCCUCUGAGGUGAAUGAGGUUGGAAUGAAGUUGCAAACGUACCAUUUUCCCAGCAGUUCUCCUCUGCUUCAGUAAUUCACCAGUAGGUUUUCAUCAUACAUAAUUAUAAUUUAAGGGGUAAACUAAAAACAAACAAACACUUGAAUAACUUGAGUUGUAUAACUGCUGCUGCAUCUUUAAACUGGAAAUACCUUUUACGGGAACCUCAUUUUCAAAUUUGAAAUAUUAACUAUUCCACUGUCCCUUUUCUUGAAGGAAAAUAAAUCAGUAGCCAGGUAUUGAGUUUUCCAUUUAGGCCUAAUAUUUCCAACCUUGUUCACAGAUGUGAUUGAUUAGAGUUGCAAUUGGACUUCAGUGUGUGGGGAUACCACCCGUCAGCGAAUCAAAUUCAGUGAUGACAGAGUGUGCAAAAGUCAUCUUCUCAACUGCUGCCCUCAUGAUGUCCUCUCUGGAACAAGGAUGGACCUUGGAGAAUGUCUGAAGGUGCACGACUUGGCAUUAAGAGCCGAUUAUGAAAUUGCUUCCAAAGAACAAGACUUUUUCUUUGAGCUUGACGCAAUGGAUCAUCUACAGUCAUUCAUUGCUGAUUGUGAUCGAAGAACUGAAGUGGCAAAGAAAAGACUGGCUGAAACCCAAGAAGAAAUCAGUGCUGAAGUUGCAGCCAAAGCUGAAAGAGUCCAUGAAUUGAAUGAGGAAAUUGGAAAGCUGCUUGCAAAGGUAGAACAACUUGGAGCUGAUGGAAAUGUGGAAGAAUCUCAGAAAGUAAUGGAUGAAGUGGAGAAAGCAAGGGCAAAGAAAAGAGAAGCAGAGGAAGUGUACAGGAAUUCCAUGCCAGCUUCCAGCUUUCAGCAACAGAAGCUUCGAGUAUGUGAAGUAUGCUCAGCAUAUCUUGGUCUACAUGAUAAUGACAGGCGGCUUGCUGAUCAUUUCGGAGGAAAAUUGCACUUGGGCUUUAUUGAAAUAAGAGAGAAGCUUGAAGAACUCAGGAGAAUUGUGGCUGAUAAGCAAGAGAAACGAAACCAAGAACGUCUAAAGCGUAGGGAAGAAAGAGAGAAGGAAGAAAGGGAAAAGCUAAGGAGAUCUCGAUCUCAUAGCAAGAACCCUAAAAGGUCAAGAUCCCGAGAUCGCCGUAGACAUCGAUCUCGUUCUUCCUCACGUGAGCGAAAGAAAAGAACUCGCUCCAGAUCCCGUGAGAAACGUCACCGUCACAGGUCUCGUUCCACCAGUCGCAGCAGGAGCCGCAGCCACCAGAGAAGCAGGCAUAGCUCCCGGGACAGGAGCAGAGAACGCAGUUCUAAAAAAAGAUCCUCAAAAGAAAGAGCUUCCAGAGAUCAAGAACGAUCAAGAGACCGUAACAGAACAUCACAUGACAAAGAAAGGAGCCCCAGAGAAAAGUCACCUAAAGACCGAGAUUGCAAAGACAGGAAGCGUUCCUAUGAAAGUGCUAAUGGCAGAUCAGAAGACAGGAGAAGCUCAGAAGAGCGUGAAGCAGGAGAAAUAUAACUGGCUGUACAUUCACUUGAUCCUUUAGCUUCCUAUGGAGUUGCAUACUGUGGUUUAGUUUACAGUUAUUCAAAGGGACACCAGUGAGCAGUUCCACACACUGAUCCAACUAGGGUAGAUGUACAGUGUAUAAAAAUGGUUAUAAUGAAGUCUGAAUUGACCCCUUUCAGUUGAUGACAGCUAAAGCAGUGUCCUUUUUUUUCUCUUUUCCAAUAAACUUGUAAAACAUUAUUUUCAAAGAUCUCUCUUCAAAAAGACAACAAUUUUAUGUACCAAGACGUAGAUCUCAAUGUUUUAUUCUCCUUUUUCAAUACAAGUUAUAGUGAACAAACUAUAUUGUGCUCUUUGCCUUGGAUGCAUUCAAACCUUUAUAAACUACUCUAAUUUUCCUCCAGUCAAAACAGCAGCACUGAGUGGUUUUUAGGGAGGGCGGGUGGGUCCCAAAGCUUUUAAUUAACUCUAUAAUUCGGUGUUCUCAGUUGCUUCUUGAGAGCCUAGGUUUGGCAGUAUGUUUUAGAUGUGUGCUGGAGAAAAUUGAAAGUUUUUUUUUACAGUGCCCAUUUAGACUUGGAAAUUGAACAGCUGUUGCAUUUCAUCCUUUUUAUUAAUUUCUAUUGAAACUUUGAAAUCAAAACCAGUCCCAUAUCUGUACCACUUGAUUGGUAUGUGUUCAGUAUACUUGGUUCUUUUUCCAUAAGAUUUUUUCUGCUUUUUCUUGUGGGGUGUUAACUGCACAUCCUUAAUUGUAAAAAACAACAAACCAAUAAUAAAAUAAAUAAAUAAAAUAACAAUUUUGUCCCGUGAAGUACCUGUGUGUUACCCCACUCCUUCCUCACAGCUAAACUGCUUGUUGCUAAUGUCCAUCCUUUCUAUCAGGUAAAUUGUAUCUGGAACCUGCAUGGUGAUACAUUGUUUUUUACCUGGAUGGUAACACUGUGUUUGAGGCACACAGUUGUAAUAAUAUAUCCCUUUUAUGAAACAGACUAUCUGCAUUUUGAUGAACAGCAACAUUCUGUUGCUUUUACAAUGGCAGCUUCCACUUGGGGAGGUUAAGAUGUUUAUAGAAUUUGCUGUUAGCAUGCCCACACAGACUCGCUCCAGUCUAGUCACAUCUCAAAAAAAAAAUUAUUGCUGACGAUGUGAUUGGAUGAAUAUAUUUGGUACGCCACAUAUAAAUGUGUGCAUGGCCUUCAUUUGUGUUUACAAAUAAACAGUUGGAGUUGGGAGUUUGAACUGGCACUUUUCCCAUUAGAUUAUUGAGAGAAGCUAUAUAAUAUUAUACCAUCUGUUAACUGUUGAGAAGGUGCUUUUCCUCAGAGCUAAGAGUAUAAUAAUGGGGCUUCUCAAAUAGAUUUGAUUUUAGUUUCAGUCCCCUUGCAUCAGCAAAAUCAAGCACGAAACCAUUGUUUAUAUUUUUAAACUAGUUUGUUUUGAUUACUUUGCAUUUUAUAGUGAUGUUCCCCCAAUAAUUUUUAUUGGUUUUCAUUAAAAUACAAGAACAUAUAACUACAGUAACUUGUCCAGUGCUACAUUUUUACUAAGUUUCAUAUGCAGUGAGUACAUAGUACGCAGGCAAUACGUUUACUUACAUAUUGUCAACUGAAGUAGUCUUUCCAGAGAGAGUCUUGUGUCGAGAGUGGAAUAAAAGUAUAUUCUGUCUCAUUUAUAGAGGGAAAGAAAGCAAAUCAAGUCUCACCAGAAGUGUCCAUUCUUGAAGUGCUUUUAAUUACUGUACAGUAUCCUUCUGUGGUGAGUAAGGCAUUCAGAUAAAGCCACACUCCAAAUAUUUAACCAGAAGUCAAUGGCGAUAUCUGUAGAAUGUUUCCAAAUACUUAAUCUCUGCAUUUCAGGCUAUUUGAGUUUGGGUCUAAUAAUAUGUUGAGAGCUGAAUUGGGUGAGAGGGGUUGGUGUGUAAUUUUAGAAAUAACGUGAAACAUCUUUUUCCAAAAGAAGUAUACAGUAUGAACAUGCAGCUCCACCUUGCCUGAAAAUGUGAGCCCCUCUCUGCAGCCUUUCCAUCAUGGGGGAGAUACACCGAUUUAUGUUUUGGUGAGAGAGUCCAGUGCCAGCAAAAGGUAAUUUUGAGAGAAGCCACCUGCAGAUGAGCAGAGAUUACUCAUAAGGGAUGGGUUGUGCCAAAUUGAUUGCCAUGUGAUCUACCACUAUAAUCCCUAAAUUUCCCCCCUACUGUCUGCAGGCCUCCUGUAUCUCCUGUGUAUUGAUCUAAAAGAAUACAAAAAAGAUUCGUUUCCUUUUUUGUCAUAUUUUGAUUUGUUACAGAGAGACUCAAAUAAUAUAAGGGAACAAAAACCACCACACACACACCCGUUCCAAAUACCUUGCAAAGGUGCAGAAUUGAUUAGAAUGAAACCAGGUUAAGUGGGCACCAUCUGGCUUCUCUAUUAGCUCAUGAUUAGAUGUUGCUUUACCUCUAGCAAGAAGAUCUCUCAUCUGAUAGAUGCUACUCUCCAGUUUUUUAAAAUUGUCCAUAUCUGUCUUCCUGUCCAAAAGACAGGUGAUUUAACAGCAGAGUGAAAACAAGGAAUAUACAGAAUGUACAAAGCUCCAGUAUAAUUUACCCUUCAACAUUUUGUAUAAAUCUUAUGCAAUGGCUCCCAAGUACUCUCCCUCUUUCACAAUUCUGUCCCAGUAAGAUAUUUUAAAAUAGGAAUGUGUACCUCUUAAAAGGGAUGUGGGUGGCACUGGGGGUUAAACCACUGAGUUUAGGGCUUGCCGAUCAGAAGGUCGGCGGUUCAAAUCCCUGCGACAGGGUGAGCUUCCAUUGCUCGGUCCCAGCUCCUGCCAACCUAGCAA